CCCCUUCUCUUCCCGCUUUUCGCCCGUUCCAUGCCUGCACCGUGGGAUGUCCGUCCGGCUAAUCUACGGCGCGGAGGGGAGGACCUUCAUUUUGUCGUCCCCACGCAGACCGAGACUGUGAUUGUGUCUCGGACACACAACGUCGCACGUGCAGCGGCAACAGACGAGUCAGAGGUCAUAUUGUUCCUGCCCCCGAACGCCGCGCAUGCCAGCCUGACUUCGCCGUCUUUCUCUUCUUCUCCCGCCACUACCCGGGCCCCUACUUCCCCCAUCAUUUCCAGUGCGGAUCCUGUUGCGAUUCCGACGUCGAGUGUGUCGGUGGCCCCUCCACCGGUCGACGCCAACCUUGGCGCAAGCAACAAUACCAGUACAAAUGCGAGCGCGUCCCAGCCUUCGUCAACCGGUCCUGUUGCGACGCCCACCGCGAGCUCGGAUGCCGGCCAUGCCCCCCUCGUCAUGGCGUAUUACCCUGAUUGGGCUGGCCGAGACUACCCGCCGGAGAAGAUCGACUUCGGACGUUUCGACUGGAUUGAUUUCGCGUUUGCGGUGCCCGACCAGAACAUGAACCUCGGCUGGGAUGGCUCGGACGACGCGCCGGACCUCCUCCGGCGGGUCGUCGCCCGAGCGCACGAGAGCGGCAAACACGCGAAACUCAGCGUGGGUGGCUGGACAGGAAGCAAGUCCUUCUCCUCCGCGGUGGGCACCCCAGAGAACCGCGCGACCCUGGCGAACAACAUCCUCACCCUCUACCAGCAAUACGGCCUCGACGGCAUCGACCUCGACUGGGAGUACCCGGGCCAGAGCGGGAACAGUGGGAACGGCGUGAGCCCGGCCGACUCUGCCAACUUUCUAGAGUUCCUCCGCGUCCUGCGCGACACGCUCCCGCCUGGGGCGAAGAUCACCGCUGCGACGCAGACGGUGCCGUUCGCGGGCGCGGACGGGAGCCCGCUGCGGGACGUGUCGGACUUUGCCAGGGUGCUCGACUGGGUGCUGAUUAUGAACUACGACUCUUGGGGAUCAUCCGACCAGCCCGGCCCGAACGCGCCCCUCAGCGACGCCUGCAGCAACUCGACGCAGCCCGGCGCGAGCGCGCUCGCAGCGCUCCGCGCCUGGACCGCCGCCGGCUUUCCUGCGUCCCAGCUCGUGCUCGGCGUGCCUUCCUAUGGCUAUCUGUCCAGAUCUUCGGCGACGCGCCUGCGGACGCGUGCGGGCGGCACCCGAGCUUCCCCGCGUGUCUACCGCUCCGGGCGCCUGGCUGAGAACGGGAGAAGAAGGCGCGAGCAGAGGCAGGGGCAGGGCCAGAAGCGCUCGAUGCAACGCUUCGUAUGGGACUGGAUCGACUCUUUGUUGGGCCCGCCUGUGUACGACACCGACAAGAGCGGUCUGCUCGUGAACGAGGACGGCGGGACGGACGACGGCCAGGUGCAGUUCCGCGAGCUCGUCAGGCAGGGCGCGCUCGCGCCCUACUCGAGCUCUCCUGGCGCGCCAGCCAUCACCACCAACUCCUCCUCCGCCCCAGCCUCCGCCGACGGCACGCCCCAGUCUGCGACCCCGGCGUACGACGGCACCUUCGGCGGGGAGGACGCGGCGCUGCUCCGCGCGGCGAUCGAGGACCGCGAGCCGCGGAGCCUGUUCGCGGGCGCGCACGGCUUCGUGCGCGAGUGGGACGGGUGCUCGAGCACGCCGUUCCUGCGGGCGGGGGACGCGCGGCAGGUGGUGGCGUACGACGACCCGGUGUCGCUCGAGAUGAAGGGCCAGCUGGUGCGGCAGGCGCGGAUGCUGGGCGUGAACAUGUUCGACGUCACGGGGGACACGGACGGGUGGGAUCUGACGGACGCGCUCAGGAGGGGCCUUGGGGUGGUGUGACGGUGUUUGUCGUUUUGCGUUUGUGGCUUAUGGAUGUGUGCCUUCAAGUUGCGGGUCAGCAUCAGUAAAGAGCCCUGUGGGAUUGGGAAGAGAGCUGUGAAGUCGUAACAGACGGGCGACAACUGGCGAGUCUCCUGUUCCCACCUAAGAAUAGGCUUUCAGAGCUCAUGCUAUAUUCUGUCAUUGUCCUGCGACUGCCGUCGCGUGCCCCCCUCUCCAACCGUCUCGUCCCAACACGACGAGUCGAGCAUGAACACGAACGCGUACAAUCCCCAGUUCCAGCAGACGUUGUCUGCUGGGCAACAGGGAUACCUGCAGCCGCCCCAGGGCCAGGCUCCGACGGGCGGUCCCCCGCAGGCACCCCCUGGUGUGUCAUCCGCUGGCUACUGGCAAGGACAGUGGGUGCCCCAGGGCAUGUAUCCAUCUGGACCUCCUCAGUGGGUUCAGCAGGCUCCAUUCAACCCGCCAGCUCAUCCGCAGCCGGCCAAUUCCGAAUCUGGGACUCGGAAGCAGCCAUCCGUUGAAGAACUGGUCGACGCCGUCGUGGCCAGGAUCGGCAAGAACAAGGGCCAGCCAGCCCCGUCGGCCAGCCACGACAAGAUCAUCGUUGACGCAUUGAGAAAGGGGAGGUCGAAGGACCUGACGCUGCGGGAGGCAAUUGAGAAGCUCGGUGAUAGGAAUGGCUAUGCAAACGCUAUGUGGAAGGACUACUUCCUUGACCGGGCGCAAAAGCUUGCUCCGAAGAUCUUCAGACCUCCCGCGGCUGGUGCUGCGGGCGCGCGUCCAGGCAACGGCGGCCCUGCCUCGAUGGCAUCGCGGGAGCCUCCGUCCUCUCGCGGGCCCGUACGCUCUCGGCUCUCGGCACACCGUUCUGUUCAAGAGCAGCGACGUGGACACGAACCAGACAACUUCCCGCCUUCCUCUCCGCUGCCCGAGCAUGAAAGGGCUACGAGUGUCCGCUCGAGGCGAGGUGGCCCGGUUGAUGAGUUUCAUGCUGGCACCCUCAUACCGCGUGUGGAGGUGUCGAACCGGCCUGUGCCACCCAGCCCACCAGAGGUCGACGGGAGGCGAUUCACAGACGAAGACAGAAUCUUCUUCAUCCAUUUCCUGCGCUGGCAGUUGCGGGAAGGGCCCGUGCCUGAGAGGGAGGAGCUCUAUGAUGCCCUAGCGGAUCAGACACCGCAUCACAACGCGGACGCCUGGAGGCGCCACUGGGACGAUGCUCCUGAGCUCCCUGAUAAAAUUUACAUCGAAGCUCGGAAGCGCGCAGACAGGGAAGGUCUUGUUUGGAACAGCCCUUCCUCGUCAGCUUCCACCGACGAAGAGGACGGGGACGAGGGCAUGAAGGACGCAUCAGCAGUACCGUCAGCAUCGCAACGGUCUAGCAAAACACUGGCUGUGCUCAGACUGCGCAAAAUAAGUCGAGGUUCAAGGGUUACUGAGGAUGACUUCCUCCGAAUGGCUCGAUACAUGUACGAAAAGCGCGAAGUAUGGGGUCAGUAUUCUUCGGCAAACGCGCGAUGGGAAGAGUUUGCGAAACGCCCAGAGAACGGGAAGCGGACAUUGCCAGGAUGGGUCGGUGUCGAACGUGAUCGCAAUCGAGACCUCCAGUCUUACUAUGUUGAGUACGUCGAAACAGUGGCAGGCAAACACAAGGACGAUUACGAGGCGGACUCGGAAUUGGAGUAUGCAGAUGAAGUUACUCGCCCUCAAAACCAGAGUGACGGGGCUUCUACUACUUCGCGCUCGCGCUCGGUGAAGGAAGAGCUUCUUGAUAGACUCAUCCCGCAGAAGCGCAGCGUGGACUCGGACAGUACAGGCACCAUGAGCGCUAGUGGGGCGCUUCUGCCAGUAAAGCGCAUAAAGGAUGAUGUGGACCCGGAGGUCAUCGAGAUAGACUCAGAUUGA